CAGGGUUGUAGUCCAUUGCCCCCUCUACGUUUAGGGUGGGAGUGUUGAAUCAUUUUUUUGGCACGCGUCGAACUGAUAUCGCAGUAAGCCGACUGACGGAGCGCUCUUCGCUUAUGGACGGUACUCUGAGAUCGGGGAUUUAUCCGGGUUUAGGUCGUAGCUGAUCUACAGUUAAAGAAGCUAACUUUAAAUUCAAAUGCCUUUUUCGGGAUGGUACCAGAUGGCUCCCUGGGUGUCAUUAUGGACCAGCGAGGGUGAACAGGUGGAUUUCUGAUCGAUAACAGCUAAGGUUGUAUAGUAGAGUUGUACUAGUGUCUAAGGGCACACAGGACAGACGAGCUGCCGAAGAACUGAGCCCUUGGGAGUCAAAAGGGAAGUGUUACGGCUAAAUAGGUCCGUAACAAACGAGGAGGCCGGGCCCGAUUUUGAAAAGGACGAUCCAGGGUUGAGUUGAGGAGGACGAGUUGGGGAACAAAUACAUAAAAAAGGGGAGGAGGAGGGGUAUAGCGCAGGCGAAGGGAAUCCUGGCUUUACAUCUGGGAACUCGCUGAUAAAUUAGGCGGAGUUACAAUUUGUUUUGAAAACAACAUAACGUGACAGGCACUGUGAUGCGAGGCUGUGUUCGAAGCUCGAAGGCUCUGGCCCCUGCCAUGUUUCCCAGGCUCCUGUUUGAUGUGCAUCGGUGGGGUUCGUUGCUGGGGCGACGCGGCCUGGCCUCUGCAGGGGAACCCCAACCCACCCCACUGCCCAGCCAGGCCCGAGUGGUGAUCUGUGGAGGGGGCAUUGUGGGUUCCUCUGUAGCCUAUCAUCUCGCCAAGCUGGGCUGGAAGGACGUGGUGCUGCUGGAGCAGGGAAGGCUUGGCGCAGGGACGACUCGGCUGUGCGCUGGUAUUGUGAGCACAGCUAAGCACAUCCCAAUUGAGAGUAAGAUGGCUGACUAUUCCAACACACUCUAUCAACAACUGGAACAGGAAACCGGUGUGAAGACAGGGUAUGUGAAGACAGGCUCCCUCUGCCUCGCCCAGAAUCAGGAUCGGUUCAUCUCGCUAAAGCGCCUCGCCUCCCGUCUCAAGGUUUUGGGGAUCCCCUGUGAUGUCAUCACCCCAAAGCAGGUGGCAGAACUCCACCCACUGGUUAAUAUUCAUGAUUUGGUGGGGGCGGUCCAUGUGCCAGGGGAUGCUGUGGUCUGUCCUCCUGAUGUUAACCACGCCCUGGUGGUGGCUGCAGCAAAGAACGGAGUGCAGAUCCAUGAACACACAAGUGUCAAUCACGUCAUGGUCCAGAAAGGUCACGUGACGGGGGUGGAAACGGACCGCGGAACAAUUGACUGUGAUUAUUUUGUGAAUUGUGCUGGACAGUGGGCGUAUGAGCUGGGCCUGUCCAGUGAGGAUCCUGUAUCGGUGCCUGUGCAUGCCUGCGAGCAUUUCUACCUGCUGACCAAGCCUCUGGAGCAGCCCCUCCAGCCACACGCACCAGUGGUGAUGGACCUGGAUGGUCGGAUCUACGUGAGAGCCUGGCAGGGGGGCGUGCUGUCGGGCGGCUUUGAGAAGAAUCCGAAACCCAUCUUCACAGAGGGCAGGAGUCAGCUCGAGAUCCAGGGCAUGCAGGAAGACUGGGACCACUUUGAGCCCAUGCUGAGUGCCCUCCUGCGCAGGAUGCCUUCUCUGGAUUCCUGUGAGAUCCACCAGCUCAUCAACUGGCCCGAGUCCUUCACCCCUGACAUGCGCUGCAUCAUGGGGGAGACACAGACUGUGCACGGCUACUUUGUGCUGGGGGGCAUGAACUCGUCAGGGCUGUCGUUUGCAGGGGGCGGUGGGAGGUACCUGGCAGAGUGGAUGACCUAUGGGUACCCUUCGGAGAACGUGUGGCCUCUUGAUGUGAAGCGCUUCGGCACCCUACAGAGCAGCCGCACCUUCCUGCGCCAUCGCGUCAUGGAGGUCAUGCCCCUGCUGUAUGAGCUGAAAGUGCCUCGCUGGGACUUCCAGACAGGGCGACAGCUGCGCACCUCCCCCCUGUAUGACCGGCUGGACACGCAGGGCGCACGCUGGAUGGAGAAGCAUGGCUUUGAGAGGGCCAAGUACUUUGUACCAUCUGGCAAGGACCUCCUGGCGCUGGAUCAGAGUAAAACCUUCUACAAGCCAGACUGGUUUGAUAUCGUGGGGGCAGAGGUGAAGUGCUGUAAGGAGGCUGUGUGUGUCGUCGAUAUGUCAUCCUUCACAAAGUUUGAGCUCAGCUCGUCAGGGGACCAGGCCUUGGAGCUGCUGCAGAGACUGUGUGCCAAUGACCUGGACGUGCCAGUGGGUCACAUCGUUCACACGGGCAUGCUGAACCAUCGCGGCGGCUACGAGAACGACUGCAGUGUGGUGCGGCUCAGCAAGAACAGGUUCUUCAUCAUCUCUCCCUCCGAUCAGCAGGUUCACUGCUGGUCCUGGAUCAAGCAGCACAUGCCCAGUGAUUCCCAGCUGCUGCUUGAGGACGUCACCUGGAAGUACACAGCGCUGAAUGUCAUUGGCCCCCGUGCAAUGGAUGUGCUCUCUGAACUCUCCUAUGUACCCUUGACCCCUGACCACUUCCCCUCACUCUUCUGUAAGGAAAUGAGUGUGGGGUACGCCAAUGGGAUCCGGGUGAUGAGCAUGACACACACAGGGGAGCCAGGCUUCAUGCUCUACAUCCCCAUUGAGUAUGCCUUGCACGUCUAUAAUGAGGUGAUGUCUGUGGGACAGAAGUAUGGGAUUCGCAACUCCGGCUACUAUGCCCUGCGCAGCUUGCGCAUCGAGAAGUUCUUUGCCUUCUGGGGUCAGGACCUGGACGCAUUCACCACUCCCCUGGAGUGCGGGCGUGAGUUCAGGGUCAAAUUCGACAAGGGGACGGAGUUCAUCGGGAGGGAGGCUCUGCUGCAGCAGCGGCAGGUGGGGGUGAGGCGCCGCUUCAUCAUGUUCCUGCUGGAGGACCACAACACAGAGCUGGACCUCUGGCCCUGGUGGGGGGAGCCCAUCUACCGCAAUGAGGAGCUGGUGGGGGUGACCAGCAGCAGCGCCUACAGCUACACCCUGGAGAGACACGUGUGCCUGGGCUUUGUGAAGCCACCACAGACCGAUCCGGGCGCACCCACUGUCGUCACGGCCGACUUCAUCAACCGCGGAGAGUACGAGGUGGAGAUUGGCGGCCAUCGCUACCACGCCAAGGCCAAGCUCUACCCCUUCAGCUCGCUCUUCGCUCAGCAGCGCCGCCGCAAGGACGACAUGGAGUUCAGCAGCUUCCAGGGCAAGUAGAGGAACGCCACCUUCUCUGUGGCCUGUGGGCACGUGUGGGUUUGGAGAAUCUGAAACGCCUCAAAAUAACUGAGAGUCGUUUUACUUUUCAAAUAAUCAAUAAUUAACAGGAAUUGCCCAAACCCAAAGAACAUUAGUUAAAUAUCUUAACCAUCUUGAUAAAAAGUUUUAAUGUGUUCAAUCCUGCAACCCAGCAUAGUGAAAAAUCCACUACUUCUGUUUUUUAACUACAGUGUUGACCAUUAAGGUUUACCUGUACCUAAUUCAGUAUCGGUCUGAUGAUUGCUGGUUCAUUUUAGUGAUACAUUUUAAUGUAUGGUCUUAUUUGGAAGGUGACCAUACCUUUGGACACUAGACACCGUAUAGUAAGCAUAUCUGAGUAUGAAAGAUGUGUAACUUGCACUCAUCAAAACAGGAAAACAGACUUCCAAGCCUCACUUUUUUAAUACAUCGUCAAGGACGGAUGCAUCAUCUUUUCUCUGACCUUCAUUAGCAUGUUCCAUUUUAGUGAUUUUAAAAAAUAUCUCUUGCCUUCAAAUUCAGCCUACUUAUCAGCAUAGGUUUCUAACAGAACACAAACCCUUUACUGCAAAACCAUGAACUCCUCAACAUCUACAACCCCAGCAAAAAGACCACACAUUAAAAACAGCUGCAUUCUUUGCUGGGGAUUCCAUGAGGGAGCGUCACAUUGGCUCUGACUCCCGUGGACCCUGCUGACCAGGCACCCAGUGAGCUCAAACAGACACCUGCAGGUCUGGCCUUUGUCCUCUAGAGGCCUGUAGCUCGCUGACAUCCGUUCUCGCGUUCCUGGGUGUAAAAGAGGAAAUUGGCUUGGUCGCAGGAUCUCCUGUUUGGGGAGUUGCAGCGGUGGGGUAACAUAAUUGGACAUUCUAAAUUGGGGAGAAAAUCCGGGGCAAAAUUAAUUGGACACUCCUAAAUAAAAAAAAGUCAUAAUAAUAAAAACAACUGCAUGCAGUAGAACACAAAUUUAGUAACAAUCCUGAAACUCUUUUGUUUGUAUUACUUUUGUUAGUGGCAUGAAAUAUCAGUUCCAAAUUAAUGCCAAGUGCAGCAAUGAUGACAAUUCUAGUGCUGUAUUUUGAUUAUUUGACUAAUUGAACCCUUUAAGAACAUUGUAUUGUUUACCGUUGUAUUGGAUAGCCUUUAUACAGAUGGUUUAUAUACAUCAUAAGGACAAAGGUUACAGUACAUACAGUAACUGCAGUAUCUUCUCUGAAUAGGGAAAGGAGGUAUUUUCAACAGGUGAUUUAUUUACGGUAAUAUUAAGUAGACUCAUUUUUUUGAGUUGCAGGCGAUACUGAAUCAUCUAAUAACCUAUAUUGUACAUGUAUUUAUCUGUAUAUAUCUGUGUGUAAGUUUACAUAUGCACACACAUAUAUACAUGAAAAUAUAUGUGUAUAAUGAAGAACGUACCAUGUACACGUGUCCAUGUAUGCAUAUAAUAUGUACUGUAUAUCCAUUUUUGUAUAUAUAUA